UGAUCACUGCGCUGCCGCUGAUGGAGCGUCUGCUGUAGCAGAUACACAGAGAGUCCGCGGAGCUAGGGGGAGUCGUUCUCAAAAUCCGCCUUCAUCCUUCUUUAAACAGACUAUUUUCAGGGUAAAACUUACUAGAGCAUAAAGUUCACACUUUACUCUUUUUAAUAAGCCUGAUAUUUUGAUAUUUCCAGAUUCGGAAUGUUAGAAAACGACUGGUGAAAGCUGGGUAGCUACUGUGAAGGGAAUUAGCAAGCUAGCAGGCUGUAUAAGGGAAUUCUGGCAGGGAGAGACGGAAGAAUAGACGGGUAACAAAGAACGGGUUUUUGUUGCUUUUAUUAAACACUCCGAACGUAUAUCAUUUAAACUACUCCCGUUAAAGCUAGCUUCAUCGCUAGCUUUGUUAUUUAGCCAUUUAUCAUGGAGCUGAGAGUAGGAAACCGAUACAGACUGGGAAGGAAAAUUGGCUCUGGAUCCUUUGGUGACAUUUAUUUGGGCACAGACAUCUCCGUGGGGGAAGAAGUAGCCAUCAAGCUAGAAUGUGUGAAAACGAAGCACCCACAGCUGCACAUCGAGAGCAAGAUCUACAAGAUGAUGCAAGGAGGUGUCGGUAUCCCAACAAUCAAAUGGUGUGGAGCAGAGGGAGAUUACAAUGUGAUGGUGAUGGAGCUGCUGGGACCCAGUUUGGAGGAUCUCUUCAACUUCUGUUCUCGCAAGUUCAGCCUAAAGACUGUUCUUCUGUUGGCUGACCAGAUGAUCAGCCGUAUCGAGUACAUACACUCCAAGAACUUCAUCCACAGAGACGUCAAGCCCGACAACUUCCUUAUGGGCCUGGGGAAGAAGGGCAACCUUGUUUACAUCAUUGACUUUGGCCUGGCCAAGAAGUACAGAGAUGCUCGCACCCACCAGCACAUCCCUUAUCGCGAGAACAAAAACUUGACUGGCACUGCUCGCUAUGCUUCCAUCAACACCCACUUGGGCAUAGAGCAAUCCAGACGAGAUGACUUGGAGUCUCUUGGCUAUGUGCUCAUGUACUUCAACCUGGGCUCUCUGCCAUGGCAGGGUCUGAAGGCUGCCACAAAGAGACAGAAGUAUGAGCGAAUCAGUGAGAAGAAGAUGUCCACUCCUAUUGAAGUCCUGUGCAAAGGAUACCCAUCUGAGUUUGCCACAUACCUCAACUUUUGCCGCUCCCUUCGCUUUGACGACAAGCCCGACUACUCUUACCUGAGACAGCUCUUCAGGAACCUUUUCCACAGACAAGGCUUUUCAUACGACUACGUGUUUGACUGGAAUAUGCUCAAAUUUGGUGCGAACAGAGCAGCAGAAGAUCCUGAGAGAGAGCGGAGGGAUCGAGAGGAAAGAUUGCGACAUGGGCGGAAUCCUGCGGCCCGUGGCAUAAUGCCUUCCAGCUCAGGUAGACCCAGAGGAACGCAAGAAGUAGCACCUCCCACACCCCUCACGCCAACCUCACACACAGGAAUGGAGCGAGAGAGGAAGGUCAGUAUGAGAUUGCACCGUGGAGCCCCUGUCAACAUUUCCUCCUCUGAUCUAACUGGUCGACAGGACACUUCACGCAUGUCCACAUCACAGAAUAGCAUUCCCUAUGAUCACCACGGCAAGUAGAUGCUCGCCAUGUUCUGGUAUGAGAGACAGCAUUGGGCUCUUUCUCGCGUCACCCCAAGUGGCCUGCAGUCUGCCGUACCUCGAUGAGACCCUCCACACGCCUCAAGAGCAGACCAACCACAGCCCUGAUCUGCACUAGGACUUCUCCAGCAGCCUCUAGCCAUGUGAAAUCAACCUCA